UGCUGCUGCUGCUUCCGGCUGGAAGAGAACUCGGAGUGCAGAGUCAGCUGGGCAGCAGGAGGCGGAGGGGCGCGCGCGCAGGAGCAGGACUUGUCCUUUGACACCGACUGGACAGAAGAAGCUAAGUCCUGCGUUGUUGAACCUGCAGCCAUGGGGAACAUUUUUGGCAACUUGCUGAAGAGCCUGAUAGGCAAGAAGGAGAUGCGCAUCCUUAUGGUGGGGCUUGAUGCUGCCGGGAAGACCACCAUCCUCUACAAGCUCAAAUUGGGAGAGAUUGUCACCACCAUUCCUACUAUUGGCUUCAACGUGGAGACGGUUGAGUAUAAGAACAUCAGCUUCACCGUGUGGGAUGUUGGUGGCCAGGACAAGAUACGGCCCCUGUGGCGGCAUUAUUUCCAGAAUACCCAGGGUCUGAUCUUUGUGGUGGACAGCAACGAUCGGGAGAGAGUGAAUGAAGCACGUGAGGAGCUGAUGCGGAUGCUGGCGGAGGAUGAACUGCGAGACGCUGUUCUUCUUGUCUUUGCUAACAAGCAGGACCUCCCCAACGCCAUGAAUGCGGCUGAAAUCACGGACAAGCUGGGUUUGCACUCGCUGCGCCAUCGCAACUGGUACAUCCAGGCCACCUGCGCCACUAGCGGAGAUGGCCUCUACGAGGGCUUGGAUUGGCUGGCCAACCAGCUGAAGAACAAGAAAUGAGUGCAGCACGAGGGUGGCGGGCUAAAGCCCCUCGCUGUUGGUUCCAUUUUGGGUUGAUCCCCCCCUCUCCUCCCCCACCCCCUCCCCCGUUCCCACCUUUCUUUCCCCUGUUGGGUUUGCUUUUCCCUGCCGGCACCGGUUGCUGUGGGGGUGGGGUGGGGUUAACUUUUGGUUUCCUCUUUCUCAUGUUCUGGCUCGGCCAGGAUUUUUUGCACGGUCUCUGUGUGUGCGCGUGCGUGUGUGAUAAAUAUAUAUAUAGAGAUAAUAAAAUAUAUGGGUGUGGUGGGAGGGGUUGGGGCAAGUGGGGGGUUGGGUGCCGAUUUUGUGGCCUUUCUUUUUUCUUUCUAUUUUCCUUUUCUUUUCUUUUUUUGUUGGUCAGUUUUGUAUUUAUUGGUGGUCUGUGAAAUUUGGCUCUCUUUGACUGGAGGCGACCAAAACUCAGUGGCAGCUGCUUCUUGCUUUUGUGUGUUGUGGGUGCGGGUGCGGGUGGGAUGGAGGAACCCAGGAGGUUAAAGGGACUGUGUGGCUGCACUGUGUGCAGGGAGGCAAAGACCAGUGAAUGCAAGGGUGGGGGGGACGGAGGAACAGGAAUUCAGAUGAGCAGAAGGUCCCUUUCUCUUUCUCCUUGAUCCAGGGGCCUGCAUGUACUACAUCAUUCUGUCCCCACCCCCAAAUGUGUAUUCUUUCUGUCCUGUUUACAUUGGGCAGCACCCCCUGCUGUCAACAGUGAGAUUGCAGCAGUACUGAACUUCCUGCCCGUCUUUCUCACCUCCCUGUCCAUCACCCUGCUAACAAUUUCAUUAGUGACUUAUGUGGUUAGCGACUCACUGCUGCUGAUGAUGAUGAAGUGGACCGUUUGCAUUCCACCCUCUCAGACCAAAUGACGCUGGAGCUCUCAGUAACCCGUCUCCCCUGAGACCCGUGGAUUCCGUUGUCUCUUUUCUUCCCCUGGGACGGGUGUUGGUCUGGGCUGCUGCAGGAGAUCUGGGACCAAUGCUGCCAAACGUUGACCUGUGCAGACGUAACUCCCUGCUUUUCCCUGCCUGGCUUGCUCUUCCCACCUGGGGGAGGUGCGCACCCAUGCAGGGGCAUCCCAGCAGUGUUACUGCCCAUCUGCUCUUCCCUCCCCUCGGGAGCUUCACACGGGUGAAGGCUUUUUCAUUGCUGCCUACGUCAUGAUGCCCCUUUAGACAGCUCGUUCCCUCUUCCACCCUCAGACACCCUCCAGUUCUUGAAAGGUUCCUCAUCUAUGCUAGGGGAAGUGUGGGGGGAGUCAUUUCUCCCCUCUUUUUUAAUUUUGGGGGUUAAUGAUUGUAUUAGGGUCAAACCCAGGUCAUUGCAUGUAACUUUCAGGUCACUCCCUGCCUCUGGACAAUGUUGGUACUGUAUGUUCCCUUCCCCCAUCCUGGCAGUUACGUAUUUCCUCUUAUUUCUCUCCUCCCGCCCCAACUUCAACUCCCUUGGCUUGGUGUAAAGUGAUUUCCAUUCCUCUUCCUGAGUUGUUCAUUCUCUGGGCCGUGGCUCCCUAUAUGUGUUUUUUCUUGCCCCCCUCCCCCCUCCAAACAGUUGGACGCACCAUGACCUCUGAGCACUCCCAUUGGAUAUUAAACUUGUUUUAUGUA